GGCUCCGCGUCAGCCAGUGUGACCACCUGUCCCUCCGGUGGCUCUGGGUAUGGGCGUCCCCCAUCGGUGGGAAGCCUGUAGGGGCUCCGCGUCGCCUCUCGAGCGGCGUGUGCGUGUCCGCAGCCGCCCGCGGGCCUCCAGCCAGGAAACCCUGACGGGACCGAGGGUCUCCCGGGUGCCCAGGCCCCGAGGGCUCCCUGAAGCAUAGGAUUGGGAGGACAGUAAGUGCCCUUAAGAAGACGAUCUUUCAAGAAAUACAGUUAUUGGGGGUGACACUAGAUUCACAAUGGAGGUUCCCCCAGCAGCCAAGUUUGGUGAGACCUUUGUGUUUGGGGACAGCUUAGAGAUGCAGCAAGGACUCUUCCCAGAGGAGGACCUGGGGGAUCCUUUUCUUCAGGAAAGAGGUUUAGAGCAAAUGGCUGUUAUUUAUAAGGAGAUCCCUCUCGGGGAACAAGACGAGGAACAUGACGAUUAUGAGGGCAAUUUCAGCUUAUGCUCAAGCCCUGUUCAGCAUCAGAGUACCCCACCGGUGAACAGACCCCAGGAUGAUGACAUCUUCAGCCCAACCUUCUUCCAGAAAUCAGACCUUAGUAUGUGUCAGAUAAUCCACAGUGGAGAGGAACCCAGUAAACACAAUUGUGAGAAGGCGAACAGGGCACACUCAGGACCUAACGAGCCUCACAGAACUGCACCACCCGCAAAACCCUAUGCAUGUCGGGAAUGUGGGAAGGCCUUCAGCCAGAGCUCACACCUCCUCAGGCACCUGGUGAUUCACACCGGGGAGAAGCCCUAUGAGUGCUGUGAGUGUGGGAAGGCCUUCAGCCAGAGCUCACACCUUCUCAGACAUCAGAUCAUCCACACUGGGGAGAAGCCCUACGAAUGCCGGGAAUGCGGAAAAGCCUUUCGCCAGAGCUCAGCCCUCACACAACACCAGAAAACCCACACUGGAAAGAGACCGUACGAGUGUAGGGAAUGUGGGAAGGAUUUCAGCCGGAGCUCAAGUCUCAGAAAACACGAGAGAAUCCAUACAGGAGAGAAACCUUAUCAGUGUAAGGAAUGUGGGAAAUCCUUCAACCAGAGCUCCGGCCUGAGCCAGCAUCGGAAAAUCCACACGCUCAAGAAACCUCACGAAUGCGAUCUCUGUGGGAAAGCCUUUUGUCACAGGUCCCACCUCAUUCGGCACCAGAGGAUUCACACUGGGAAGAAACCUUACAAAUGUGAAGAGUGUGGGAAGGCCUUCAGCCAGAGCUCCAACCUCAUUGAACAUCGUAAGACCCACACCGGUGAAAAACCCUAUAAAUGCCAUAAGUGUGGGAAAGCUUUCAGCCAGAGCUCCUCCCUCAUUGAGCACCAGCGCAUCCACACUGGGGAGAAGCCCUAUGAGUGUGGCCAGUGUGGGAAGGCUUUCUGCCACAGCUCUGCCCUCAUUCAGCACCAGAGAAUCCACACUGGAAAGAAACCUUAUGCAUGCAACGAGUGUGGCAAAGCCUUCCGGCACAGGUCAGCCCUUAUUGAGCACUAUAAAACCCACACCAGAGAGAAGCCCUACGAGUGUAACAAAUGUGGCAAGUCCUUCAGGGGAAGCUCACACCUUAUUCGGCAUCAGAAAAUCCAUGCUGGGGAGAAGCUCUAGAAUGAGGAACUCACACCAAAGCUUGAGACCCUUUCCCAGAUGGAGCCCAUACCCCAUCGUCUUGUCUGAAAGACCCUGCCCACCUCCCUGAUCCCAGGGCCGAAUGGAAAUGUGCCACCCCCAGCACUUCUGGCCACACGCACUAGCAGCCAGGCCCCCUCACGGACCCCCAGGCACCCCACAUAUGGCCGGUUUACUGAGUGGCAGGGAGGGUGGAGUAAUGGGAAGGCCCCUGAAACAGAGGCAUACCCCAAAAGAGACCUGGCCUUCAAGUCAUUCACAUUUGACUCCCAAGCCUAGGAGAUUGGGUUUUGCCAUCUCUUUGCCCUUGUCAAAAUCCAGAAGAAUAAACAGAGGGAGAAAGUUGAGUGAAACACACAAAAAUGUCAGAUGGACUCUAAUGUCAGCUGCCGUCUGGCACUUUGAGAAGACAGAACUGUGUUCACGGUCCAAAUCCGCUAAAGAAAAAUGAAUCUGGAAGUAGUUAACAGCAAAAUGGAAUCUUCCACCUGGCUUGAGCAUUGGUGGGGACAACCAACAACCUCCCUUACAGAAGAAAGGGAGGGUCUGAAAGGACUCAUUCUGGGGUUGGGGAAGAGGGUGGCAAGCCCCUGGCAUGGUCUCUUGAUCCCUGUUCUGGGUUAGAAUAAGAAUAGUUUCUGGCAGAUGGCUCUUUCAUAGGACGGUAGAGGUUUGGUCCUGUAGGCCAGAGGACACUUGACCUUGGCUUUGACUCAGCCUGGCCUAAGGCAUUAGUGCCCUCCAGUUAUAACCUCUCCACAAGACCUAGGGCUCCCCAGACCACAGCGAGCGUAGGUCGGCACCAUGGCCGGUUUCUGGUCCAGUGGCUCUGUAGUGCUGGGGGACGUGGGAAGCAUGGCCAUCCAGUCAGUUCAGAUCCCAGUUCCACUCCUCCUACUUGUGUGACCUUGAGGAAGCUCCAAGGCUCUGUUUCUCAAUCUGUGAGAUGGGGCUGUUGGGACCUGGCUGACUCCUGUUCAGAGUGAAACCAGCCAGGAAGUUCUUUGGCAACUGGCAGUUGAGGAUGGAGACCAAGAGGGACCCUUGCCCUAGCCAGAGAUCUAUUUCCUAAAGGCGGGAGAGGCACCCCUGCUGGUUCCCUGGAUGCCAGGGCCUGUAGCCCACCCUCUUGUUGAACCGAGACUCAGGCUUUCCAUUACCCCCUCCUGCCUGCCCCCAGGGCUGUGGGUGCCCUGUGGGGCCACCUCCCACAAAGGGACCCUUUCCAGAUGCCAUCCUAAAGCUCUCCCCAGCAUCAGUGUGGUCUGUGCGGCCUGCAUCCCCAUGCUUCUCUCCUCUCCUCAGGCUUUGCUCAAAAAUUACCAUUGCCUGCUGCCUGCCUAGACCAAUUCAGUUGGCAUCCCCAGAGGUGGGGCUCAGACAGUGGUAUGUUUUUAAAUCUCCCUAGGUGAUUAGAAUAUUCUAGUACAUAGCCAGGGUGUGAGCCCUAUGCUAGGCAUCGUCACAACCCCAGCAUCUCCCAAAUGUGCUGGGCAUGAGCAGAGUUUGAAGGUGGCCAUUCUGUCUCAGGACCCACACCUCCCUUCUGCCAGGAAUCGGCACAGGCUGAACCAUGUCUGGCUGGUUGAGAGGUGUCUGGCCCUGGUCCUUGGGCCUUCGUGUGUCCACCAGGAUCUCUUUGGUACUGCCUUCCCCCAGGCUUCUCAGUGCCAGUCUGAGCGAUUCUGAAGUUUUCCAAAAGUUUAUGGCUGGGAUCCCAUGACCCCCAUCAUGGGAAUACAGGCUGUUUCAGCUCAUCAGAAGCUCAGCUUGGCGAUCAUGUAUUGUUUUGAUGAAUACAAAUGGACAAGUAAUGGUUACUUAGUAAGUGGAGCUUGGCAGGCUGGAGACUUUAAAAGGCCAGGUCUCCAGCUGGGGGGAUGACAGCGGGCAUCCCAGCCAUGGGGACAGCAGCUGCUCCUGUCAAGCUCCUCUCUGUUGCAUGAAUGUGUGAAACCUCGAGCCAGCACCCGGGUCUCCUAGAACCUACCGUACCACCAGCUAGACCAGCCUGACCAGCUGGCCCCACGUAUUAUAGGCAGGUGGCCUGCACUGAGGGUCUGCAGUCACUUACUAAAAGUGCAGAGAGAGUUGAGACCCCUGCUCAGCGUGGGUGGAACAGCAGCACCCCCCACAAGAUCUACCUCCUUGGCACCCCCAUUUGACCUCGCCUUGGCCAGGCCUGUCCUCACCUGGCAGUCGUCAGUUUCCUACCUUUGAUGUCUCUCUGUGUGCUUCUGCACGCCCCAGCCAAAUUGAUUUUCCUAAAGCUUUUUGCACAUGCCACCACUUUCCUUAAAACCAACCCUCGGGGCUGUUCUACGGAUAAGCCCCCAUUUCAGCCAAUCUGGCUUGCUCCUUUGGAACAGACCACAGGGGCUUCAGGCCACCCUGCCUGGACGCUCCCUUUUCUCCCAGCUUCCCUUAGCUCAUUUUAUGCCCUUCUUGCGUUUUGGGAUAUGCACUUUUGCCUCCUCCUCAUCCCCUGACCCCCGUCUCCUCCUUCCUCUUGACAAUUUAUGUAACAUUGAGACCCCCUUUUCAGAAGGGUGGAUGGAUUCUCCAUAACCAUGGUGGAACCAGGUACUUUUCAAAGACUGAGCAGGACCUAGUCCCUUCUGUUCGUAUUCCUUUACUUUUAUAUAUUUUCAAAUCCUUCAAUUUAUUUAGGUUCUGGAACAGUAUAGUAUUACAAGAGAACAUCCUGGUAACAUUUUAAUUGUCCUGGGAUUUAGUUGUUGUUUUUGUUUGUCUUACAUUUUUUUUUUUCCUUCUAAUGGCAGAUGUUGAGUGUUAUAAAGCUCUGGCUUUCGGUUUUGUUGACUAAUUGGAUGGUUUUGUCCAGGUGUAUGUAUUGUAUUGUCUGCUCUUUUUUUUUUAACUUCAUAUUUUAUAUUUCUAAAUUUAUUUAGCUAUAGCUAAUCAUAUUUUUAAUAUUUCUAGUAAAUGCAGGUACUCUGGUCUAGGACUUUUUUCUUAGAGCUUUUUCUGCAUUCUUUCAACUUGACACAUGCAAGUUCUUGUUACCGUACGAGGAAUUGCCUUUUGGCCCAAGGGUUGUUAUUUUUUCUGUACUUCCAAGUGAUGACUGCAUAGGUCAUUGCCGUUCUUUCUUACUGUGCUGUGGUAUCAACAUUUCUAAGUGCCCAUAGAACGACGCUGGGCCUGAAGAUACGAUCAGUUUUUGUAAAGCAUUUGUGUACUCUCAAGAAAUGGGUUUGUACUCCAUCCAUUCUAUUUGUUAACUUGUUUUUAAAUUACUUUAUUCAAGUUCAUACUUUCUCUGUUGUUUACUUUACAUUUCUUAACCUGGGGUCUGCAUACUGCCCAGGAGCCCAGGAGCACGCAGGUCUAUUGUAGAGUCGGCAUAAAGGGUGGAACAAAGCUGGGGGUUAUGAAUGUGAAUGGAUUGUUCGGGGUCAGGGGUUGGGGGGACAUGUAGCAUUCCCCACAUUCUGGAAAGGCUCUGUGAGCCCCCAAACAGUUAGGAGCGCUCACUGACAUGAUCAGAUCGUAGUCUGAUUUUGUGUUUUUUACUUUGUUAUUUCUGUUUCACUUCAAUUGUUUCUAUUUUAUGUUUGUUGUUGUAAUGUUAGAUGUGAUCUGCAGUUUCCUCAAAUCCUUUUUGAGAAGCAGGGUAUCACUAAGUACCAGGAUAUUUGGAGCAUAUAUAUUUAAUAGUACUAUAUUGAAAAAUUGUGCCUUUCUCUGCCUCUUUGCCUCUUUGAAUGCUUCUAGCUUACAUUUCUCUUUUCCAGAUACCACAAUUGAAGCCCCUUGCUUUUUUCAAUUUGCAUCUGCAUGAGAGUUGCUUUCACUCAGCAUUUUAUUUUCAAAAUUUGUGCAUAUAUUUUGCUGUAUAACAUAUAAACAGCAAAGUGUUGGAUUUUAUUUUCUGAUUCCAUAAUUCUUUUUCUUUUUAUGCAAGAAGUACUCAUAUCACAAUUUAGAGUAAGGCAUAAUUUAUCUUCAUGCUUAUGUUUUUAUAUAGAUGAACUCACUUAACCCAGAAGAGGCCAUGCUCAUUUAAGCCCCAUCUCUAGGAGUUAUUCACCAUGUGUGGAGUAUUAUUUCUGGGGAUCCUGAGGGUCUGUCGUUGGGCACACCUGCUCCUUCCUGCCUUGGUCAAUGCCAGGCUCUGUCCUGAGCCCACUCUUGAAGUCAGCCUCUGGCUUCAGUGCACCUGGCUGAUGCCCCUCACAGCCCUGUGGAACUCAGAGGAGUCAGACAUACCUGCGUGGCAAACUGGGGGCAAAGAGGAUUGAAAUAUUUCAAUUUUCGAUUCUCAAUCCCAAAAUUCUUUCAGCCUAACUUGGAAUGGUACAUUGUGGCUUACUUUUUAGAAAAAACUGCCAGAUGUAGCAAAGAAUUAGACCUCACAGAUCCCUCCCCACACUCCCCAAGUCAACGUGUAUAGUCAUCUGGACGAGAAGCGGGAACCCUGAUUGCAUAACCCCCAUCCCCAUCACCUCUCUGUCCCAGGUGGCUUCCCUGGUCAGCCUUCCCCCUUCCCCUUCUCCUGUGGUGGUAGGGGGAAGCACUGUCACCAUUGCAGAGGCUCGAGAAUAUGGUCACUCGGCCCCUCCUGUGGCAGGUGGGGAAACAGAGGCCAUGACUAUAGCAUAAGUAAGGUGCUUUGGUGUCAGAUCUCCCUGGCAGCUGUGGGAAGGAGGAAUUCUGGAGGUUCUGCUGCAGCCUUGGGCAGCUCUUGGCAGGACUUUUCAGGUGGCAAGUGGUUUAGUCACCACAGUCCAAAGUGAAAACCAAGUAUUCUCUGUCUGCUCGGAGCUGCUCAGCCCUUGGGGACAAGUGGACCUUCACCAACGUCACAAAAGGUGGAUAUAUGUAUUUGCCAGAAUGCCAACGCAUAGAAUUACUGGGGAUGGGGAAAGAGAAGCCCUUUUCUUGUCAGAGAACCCCAUCUUCAGUAUCUAAUGACCCAGGACACUGCUUCAGAAGGCUGCCUGGUGAGUGCGGAAUUGGGGUGUCAGGAUGUGGACCAUGCCUACUGCACCAGAGGCCAUCCCCUUGCAUACACUCAGAAUGCUGGUGGGGACCACAUGCUGAAGACUGUCCAGGGUCCACGCCCUCCCCCCUGGGGGUUGCCUGCCUUCUGGCACUUCACAAGAAGUGCCUUCUGGUGGCCGUCUGCAAACACGUGAAAUGUUGUUAUCAGAGCUCCCCAAGUGAAGGGUCUUUCAGUCCCCGCUUCCCUUUAUGAACACCCUUAGCCAGGUUCACCUUCUCCCUGGAGAUGACUAGAAAUACCAGCGUUUCUGCCUUCUGGACCUCACUUAGGUCUUCCAGGUCCUGGAACCCCUGAAGUGAGAGUGAGUCACAAACAGCCAAGUAAUAACGUGCUCCUUAUGUAACCCUCACAUUGCCUCUUGGAAAAGGAAGUGGUCCCUUGUGUGGUUCUGGGUGGGUCUUCUCACAGGACUGUAGGCACCCCCAGAAGUGAAGAGUUGUACUAGGCUUGUGCUGGAGGUGGAAAGGGGGCACAGUUGCCUUCCUGGAGGCUGGUGGGGGUUUGUGUGGGUCUUAUAAAUAAAGCCCAGUGCCUCUCCCUCCCUCUGAUGGCCCAUCUUCCUUUUUACCUGAGUCCUGGAGGGGAGGGACCUGCCACCAUGUCUCAAGGUGGGCUGGAGACUGGAGCCUAUGCUGUGUGAAGGGGACUUACUCCUGCCUGUUGUGCAUAGCAAGGGUUUUUUUUCUUCAACACACAUUCACCUGUUCUUCUCUCCUUACUUGCUGAUCUCAAGCCAAGAGCCAGACACCACCUCCUCUCUUGCCUUCUCGUUCACUCUUCCCCACCCCAAGUCAGGGCCUUACUCUCUCAAGGCCACCUCCUCCUGUCACUUGAUUGCUCCUACUCAGGGCUGCUGCUGUCCACCGCUGCCCCACUGCAGGCCUCCCACCACUGACCUGACUUACCCUCCAUGUCCGAGUGAUCAUUCUGACUCAGUCGGAUGGGGUCACUCCCUUUCUCAAA